GAGUAGUGAGAGGGGCAUGGUGGUCACGUGUCCGUUUUGCUUUCCACUAAAUUUUGCCGCUGUUUUGCCGCCUCAAAUUUUCGCUGGUGAACUGAAAAGCUCACAACGGUCUACUUCCAGCUUUCCAAGAGCAGCAGCAAACGAACGAGGGAUCCCAAGGUCCAGCUCCCUCAGGGGAUAAAGUGUGAGUUUUAUAGAGGAAUACCCUUCUGAGAUAGAUUUAAAGCCAUGAACUUGAUUCAACGCAAGAUCUACCUGUACAAUGUCACUUUUGGAUUGUACAUGCUGGAUUGGUGGGAACGUUUUUUAUUCAAUAUAUUGGUGAUCAUCUUGCUCUGGUUUGUUUGCUACAAUGGAUCACGAUCUGCAGCUGAGUUUUACAAAAGGUAAUUUUCCCCCUCGCAAGUUACUUGAGCCAUCUCAAGGUCAAGCUUGGAAACAGCCGAGGAGAAUGAUCCUGAUUGCUGAAGGUAGAAUGGAAGGGCGAAUCUUUUUCCCCUUAUUCAGUACCUGAUGAUUUCAUCGGGCUUCAGUCUUUUUGGGAUUGGUUGGUAUUUUACCAUAAUCUGUCUCUUCCAUGUGCAUUUUUGUAGAUUAUCCUUCUGUUAGAUCUUUUAAAAUUGCCAUGAUUUUCUUUAGCACGAAUAUUAAUUUUCAUCCAGACAAGAAUUCUUCCUACAUUGGCAGCUACAUCUUGUACAAGGCAAUGUAAAGACAAUGUGUGGAAAAUUAAUACAAUUCUUAGAACAAAGUAUUGUACAUCAUUAAUAUUUGAGAAUUCAGAGAUAAAAAUACAGAUUUCAUUGUUUUGAAUGCA